CCGGGAGCCAGCUGAGCAGCGAGAGAGGCUGCCGCCGCCGGGCUCCCUGUGGUUCCAUGCGGGCGGGCGCUGCCCGCGGGCCGCUGCCGGGCUGGGUGCGGGGUGGGCGGGCCGCUAUGGAACGCUGGUGAGCGCCCGCCUUCGGCCCCCGAGAGCCCGCUGCGCGCCCGCCCGCCCCGCCGCUCCCGGCCAUGGCCCCCAUGGGGAUCCGCCUCUCCCCGCUGGGAGUGGCCGUGUUCUGUCUGCUGGGCCUCGGCGUCCUCUACCACCUCUACUCCGGCUUCCUGGCCGGCCGCCUCGCCCUCUUCAUGCUGGGCGACCAGGCGGAGCGGGCCGGGGGCGGACCCGACGUUCCUCCGGGCCCCUUGCCCGAGGGCACCGUGGACCUGCGGGAGCUGCUGGCCGUGUCCGUGCUGGCCGCCGUCAAGGGGGGUGAGGAGGUGAAGCGCGUCCGGGAAAGCAACGUCCUCAACGAGAAGGCGAAGGGCAAGACCCGCGAGGGGGCCGAAGAGAAGAUGACCAGCGGGGACGUGCUGUCCAACCGCAAGAUGUUCUACUUGCUCAAGAACACCUUCCCCAGCGUGCAGAUAAAUACCGAAGAACACGUUGAUCCACCUGAUAAGGAGACAGUUUUCUGGGAUCGCAGUAUUCCUGAAGACAUAAAGGAAAAAAUACAGCCUAAAAAGGUCCCAGCAGAAAGUGUGACAGUGUGGAUUGAUCCAUUAGACGCUACACAUGAAUAUACAGAGGAUCUUCGACAGUAUGUCACUACUAUGGUGUGUGUGGCUGUGAAUGGUGAACCGGUAGUAGGAGUAAUACACAAGCCCUUCUCAGCAUAUACAGCGUGGGCAAUGGUUGAUGGUGGGUCAAAUGUAAAAGCUCGUUCCUCCUACAGUGAGAGAACUCCAAGAAUUAUUGUGUCCCGCUCUCAUGCAGGAAAAGUAGAGCAGGUUGCACGGCAAACAUUUGGAAAUAAAACUGUGAUCAUCCCAGCAGGUGGAGCAGGCUAUAAAGUUUUAGCCCUCCUUGAUGUGCCUGACAAGAAACAAGAAAAAGCUGAUGUAUAUAUUCAUGUGACGUACAUCAAAAAAUGGGAUAUAUGCGCCGGGAAUGCCGUGCUGAAAGCAUUGGGUGGUCACAUGACUACCCUGACUGGUGAAGAAAUCAGUUAUACUGGUUCAGAUGGCAAUGAGGGGGGACUCCUAGCCAGUAUCAAUGUGAAUCAUCAAGCGUUGGUUGACAAACUCCCAGAUCUGGAGAAGGCAUCACAUAAACAAACAUAACUGCUGAGGAGUACACAAAUGUUUCUGCAGCCUCGAAAUGUUCAGCCUAAGGAAACGGGCGUGAGAAGAGCCUUCUGGGGACUAGGCACUGAGAGCCAAGGCCACUCAGUGUUUUCUGGGGGACUACAUAUAGCAUCGGGCUUCUUCAUUGGUGGUAGUUACAAAUUCAGAAUUAGGAAGGUGACUGAACUGUCCCAUGCCAUCUUUUAUCUUUUGAGACUUUUCCAUACAGUUAUACUCAAGGUGCACAUACAGUAUAUAUUUGUGAAUAUAGGCAAACUAAAAGAAAAUCCAAAUGGGUACUUAGAUUAAUAUAAGUGGUACUUUUCAUACGGAUUCUUGGAACACAUCACAUUGUUACAGUAUUGUAGCUGCUCCAUCUUGAAUUUAGUAGAAGAAAGGAUUGAUUUAUGUAGUCACUUGAUAACCCUGUAAUCCAUCUAGUAGGAAACCUAUGACCAUGUGUUCCAUAUUCCCUUGGAUAAAAAGCACAAGUUGCAUACACAUUUGUGUCUGCUUUCAACAGUUCUUCUGACAGAACAGUAUUUUUGAAUGAUCAGACAUGUUCUGAACUAGUUUGCUGAUAUUUUUUUCUGAAAACUUAAACCAGUUUAAUUCACAUGAGAAAAUCAUGAAUAUUGGUGGUUUAUUAAUCAGUGUAAUUAUUUCUGUAUAUCUUUUUAAAAGAAAAUUAGUGAUUCCUUGUAUGGGUUUUUAACAAACUCUUGUCCUUGAUUUCCAUUUGCAAUGUUAAAGGUGCAUGCUAGAUUUUUAUCUAAUGUGAGAUUAGUUCAAUGUUUGUCCCUGUAGAAGCAGCCUCCUUUCCUUUAAUGUCUUUUUGUUCACUAAGUUGCUAGACAACACAUAUGACAGUGUUGUUGGCAACAGUAAGUAGGUGGUUUAGCGUACACUAUAGAUUUAAACUAGCAGUUUUUUAGAAUUCCAAAAUUAACUUGCUGGCUUCUUAAAGGUUGUCUUGUAUGAAUUCCCUUCAAAAGAUGUACUCUUUCCUUCUUUGCUGUAAGCACUCUAAUUCUGAACAGUCUGUGGCCACAUGUUCACCAUGGAAUUUAGCUCUGCAUUAAAUUACAACAUUUUCCCAUAACCCAAAAUGGGGUUGGGAAAUUUUUGGGGACCUGUGGCUUUGAAGUAGGGCACUUUUUAAUUAAUUCCACUUCCGAGUUUUAGCCCAGUUCAUAUGGGACAAAACACUAGUCCAUUGAGGUCAGAUAACAAAUAGCUGCACCACUAAAAUAUGUGGGUCUUUCUCUUCUGAAAAUGUAACUGUCUAACUGGGAGUUGUCUUAGGGAGGCGGAAGAAUAAUAUUUAAUAAAGCAAGUUUAAAAUAUACUUUUUUCUUUUUAGUACCUGUGGGUAAGUGUCUAGGUUUCUUGAGAAGAUGAAAAGUUUCAUUUAAACACAAAUCUUUUUUUUUUUCCGUUCUAAGUUUAUUCAAUACAAGUAUAGGCCAUUUAUGCAAAAUUUAUAUUCCCCUGGUAAAAAUUUUAAUCUUCACUCCAGUUAUCAUCCAUGUGGUAAAAGGAGGGUGACACUGCCUACAAAAUAACUUUAUAAUUCUUCUUAAAUCAAGAGCUUAAAUACAUCAAUGACUUUCUUAUUUUGCGAAAUAAAACAAAUUUGCUCCUUUUCAGUGGGCAGAUUUAUUCUGGACAAUUAAACUUCACUGAAGAACUAAAGUCAGUGAUUUAACAAGGCUUCAGUAAGAUUAUUUUGCAGGAGCACAAUGUAUUUUUUUUUUUUCCCUUCUGGCUACUUUAAAACUACUUGAGGCCUGAUUAAAAAGAUAGCUCUUUUACUACUAAUUAAGGAAUGGGUUAAUUUUAAUCCUAGAAAUAGCCGUAGUUAGCAUAUAAGUAAAAGCUGAAUGCAUCAUAGAGAUAGGGCAUAAGGUGUUAAGUGAUAUUAAGGCAAAGAUUUAUUUUGAAGGUUUGGAUUGGAAGACCAUGUAAACUUUUCCAAGUAAGUAUGUGACUACCUCUUUCUUUGGGGCUGAUUCCACCAACCCUACUUACAUAGAGCUAGAUUGUGGACAGACUACAUGCCAAUGCAAGGAAGUAAGAAGGGAUAAUAGCUCCCCUUACAUCCCUACAUAGGGAGUAAAUGGGGAUAUUCACCUGCUUAAUCUCUCCCCACAGCAGGUGACCAGGGAAUGGGCAAAGCUAUGGCUCCACUCCCCUACUUGCUGGCCACAGCAGCUAGCCUUGAGUCAGUAAGACUGUUAUUUGCUUACAGUUACUGCAUCCUUAGGUGUUUGGCUGCAUCAGGUCCAGAGUAUUCAACAUACUGCAGGAUCAAGCCCUUAUUGUGGGUAUAGGCCAGCUGUAAAUUACUAUCUCCAAGGCCUAGGGAGGAGGCCAUGGAGGAAUUGUGAUUCAGAGGCAUGCCUGAGUCAUAGUACCUUCUGGUGCUGCCUGAGUUGGUGCAGCUUUCACACCACCUCUCAUGCAGGGCUGUGCAUAGAGUCUCACAAUCUAGCCCAAAGAGGCAUCCCCUUGAAGUUGGCAGAAUUGGGCCCUUGGUUGACAUCAAGCUUUCUGAUGUUCUCAUAUUAGAAAAAUGUAACUUUUUUGCACAGAUGAGCUAGUAUUUAAAAGUACUUUAAACAGUGCACAUCUGGGUUAUUUGUGAUAAAACUACUAUCCAUUUUACCAUGAUUGUGCUGUGUUCCUAAACAUGGUAUUAGCCCAGCUUGGAUAUAACACAGUUUGGCCUUGCCCAUGUGGUAGGGACUAAAUCAUGUGUUCAGCAUGGUAAAGGAUCAUUCUGUAACGUUGUCCUCCACAAGGCCUGGAGCACAGGUCCUUACUUUGGUUACAAUCCUUUGGUGUCUUCCACAUAAACCAAACCCUAUUGUACAAUGGCAGUACAAUAUUUAGGCAUGCUGCUGAAACAUAACAUUUACAGUGCAGCUGGGGUCUACAAUAGUACCUCUUCUAUAAAUUUGUAAUGUAAAACUUUUAUCAUAGCUACUAAAAGGGAAGCCCAGGAUAAUGUUUUAUUUUUGGCACUGGUUUAUAUUUUAACUUGAUAUUUCAACCAAUGUUCUAGGGCUUUAGAGUACCUUGAUUUGUAAUACGCUUCGUUUUGAUCAGAACCAUAGUUCACAGUAAAAGGUGGCGUCGAUGCUACAUAGCACUGUACCAAAAGUUCUAAUUUGCAUUCCUUGAACGCCAAAUAUUUCUGAAUAAACAAACAUGGAAAUAAAAGGGUUGAAUAUUGUACUUACAAAAU